UAAAUGUUACCUAUAAGAAGUUUUUGAAAACGAUAGAGAUGGAGUUUUACCUCUUUUGAGUUUUCAAUCGAAUUUUCUCAGCCAGAAGCUAAAACUAAAACGUCAAACCAUGUGAUCAGCCAUGCUUACAAAUCUGGAUUUGUUUUCACCUUAAAAGUUUCCAUAAGAUUUCCCUUCAUGAAUUCAUUUCAUAUAAUUCAAGUAUUGGGGAUUUAUACAGGCUCUGAAAUCUUGGGAGGGACAAAAAGCCAACAUUAAUUUGCCUCCAUCAUGUCAAAGAUUGAGGUCCCAGCUUCAUCAUUUUGUUUUCUCUGUAUUGUUUACAGCAUUGGAUGUUUGCUACAGGCAGCUCAAGUUAUAGCAGUCACAGAUCCCAUUGAAGUUGCUGCAGUAAGGUCACUUUCUGCUAAGUGGAGUAUUGAUUCAUCUGCAACAUGGAAUCUCACAGAUCCAUGCUCUGGCCUAGCCAAUUCUACUACAGAUAUUCAAACACUAAAUCCUGGCAUCAAGUGUGACUGCUCAGAAACCCUCUGCCAUGUUACACAAAUGAGGAUUUAUGCAUUGGACAAAACUGGAGAGCUUCCAGAAGAAUUGGCUAAUCUGACUUACCUCUUCGAUCUGAACCUGGCCCAGAACUACUUUUAUGGUCGCAUUCCUGCUUUCUUGGGGAACCUCACCAAGAUGCAAUACUUGUCCCUUGGCAUUAAUAACUUUUCUGGUCCUGUACCAAAGGAGCUUGGAAAUCUUCGGAAUCUAAUAUCAUUGAGCUUUUCGUCAAACAAUCUUAAUGGAACAUUACCGCUGGAGCUUGGUAACCUGACUCAGCUGGAACAAAUGUAUAUUAAUAGUGCUGGAGUAACUGGAGAGAUUCCAAGUACCUUCAGAAAUCUACAGAAAUUGAAGAAAGCAUGGGCAUUUGAUAAUCUAUUUUCAGGUGCAAUACCUGAGUUCAUUGGAAACUGGACUGAUCUAACUGAUUUGAGAAUUCAGGGAACUCCUCUCAAGGGUCCAAUCCCUUCAAGCUUCUCCAACUUAACCUCUUUGACAACUCUGAGAAUAAGUGACUUAACUUCAAGUGUCACGUCAUUGACAUUCUUACAAAGCUUGAAGAAAUUAACUCAACUAGUCCUGAGAAACAACAAGAUUUCUGGGGAAAUCCCUUCAUAUGUUGCAGAAUUGAGUAAAUUGCAGCACUUGGACUUGAGCUUUAAUAAUUUUACAGGAGAGUUUCUUACUUCACUUCAAAAUUUGAGCUCUUUGAAUUUCUUAUUUCUUGGGAAUAAUAAUCUAUCUGGGAUGCUUCCUUCACAAAUGAGUUCAAAUCUUACAUAUUUUGAGAAGGUGUCCAUGUUGGUCGAUGGGUAUUGACAUCUUGGUCACAUUCAGAUACAUCGAUUGUUUGGACUAUGGAAUGGAGUGCUUAUGUUGGGUUCAUGGUUUUAGCCCAUGUUUACAUGAAAUCACCAUAAGAUAAAAGCACUAAUCUCUUUUUAAGUUGUGUAGCUGAUAUGUUUCACAUGAUUUAAGCUCCUGGAUAACUUUCCUUUCUUAAGAUGUAGUGAUCUCUUAUUUUUAGUUGUUGGGUUUUAUAGAUCUGUGAUAUUUCUAUUGUUCAAAUGAAAUGUAUAAUGUGAAUAUGUAGAUGUUUAAAUGGAUUUUAUAUUUAGAGA